UUGGGCUCAAAUUCCACGAGACACAAACGUGAUACCCUGAUACUUUUUGGUUCUUGCCAUGACACGUCGAAUGAGUAUCGUCACAGGCCUUUUGCUCGAUGUGGCAGUGGCAAGCUCAAUGAAUGCGACCUUGCGAGGUGCCUGGCCAGGAACUGAAGGCGCCGUCUGUCCUGGCUCCAUUGGACUCAGUGGACAUGGUUCCAUCCAGAUGACGAAUGCAUUCUGGAACAAACCAUACGACCCAGCGGGCGAGGUUGAAGUGAACAAUGGAGUCAUUAGCGUGCAAAUGAAAGGACGAACCUAUUUUUCGAAUUCUUGUGUUCCUGGCAGCUUUUCUCAGAACCGCUAUGCAGAGCUGAAUCUCCUCAAUAAACGGAUUAGCUGGACUACCAAUGUGGCAGCAGCAGGUUGUGGUUGCAAUGCUGCCUUUUAUUUGGCAUCGUUGCCUCAAAACUCUCAAGUCUCAGGAUGCAAGGACUUUUACUGUGAUGCCAACAGUGUAUGUGGAGUAAGAUGUUCCGAGAUUGACUUGCAAGAGGCGAACAAACAUGCUUUCCACUCUGUUCUCCAUAUGGCUGAGGACGGUUCAGGGGUAGGCCUUGGCUACGGUGGUGGUGGAUCAGGAUGGAAUUCACAUCGUGACUGGACCAAGGAGCAGUAUGGUCCAGGUUCCAGCUGCAUCAACACCAACAAUCCGUUCCGCGUGGAGGUUAGCUUUCCUGUCAACAACGUGAAUGGCAAAGUAAAACUACAAGCGAUGAUCACCAAAGUGUCACAGGAUGGGUGCACUUUGGAGGCUUCAGUCGAGAUGGAUUCUUAUCACUUCAACGGGCGCUCCAGCGCAGAUGAGCUGACAGAAGCCUUAGAGAAAGGUAUGACACCAAUUGUCAGCUACUGGAGCGCCCCAGAUAUGCUGUGGAUGGAUGGCCAGGGUGCUGAUCAUUUGGGACCAUGCCAAGAAGAUAAUCCAGAUCUUUGCGGUGAAUCAGUGCAGUUUUACGACUUUGCUGUCGAAGGUUUGCCAUUUCCGCUUCGAAUUUGAGAAAGCUUCCGUGCCAACCCACACAAAGGGAUACCUUCAAGUGUUGUCUUCAGUGUGAAUGCAAUUUGAAUUCGUUCAACAGCAGUGUUAGGAUCACCUGACUUGCUAAUGCCCAAAUUCCUGAGGCAUUAAAUUUUGGAUGUUUGUAGUAGGUUUUGGUGCCGUGCCUAUGCAAUGCAUGUGCUUGGCACAAUUUGCGGCAAAAUUCAGUGGCCAUUGUGGCCGAAGACUUUAAAAAUGUCAAAUGGACAUUUAAGCUUCGAAGCAAGCAGAGGUCGUCAGAGGCCGUGAGGUCUGCACUUUCGGGCUCUGACUGUAGAGCAGAUUCGAGUGUGUUGGGGCAGAAGUUUCCCAUAGCAGAGAUUGGAAAGUGGUGGAAUUCUCCUGGCAGAUCA